AUGAGCGCCUCUGCUGAAAAUACGACAAACGCACCCCCUUCAGCCAAUUCCUCAGGCAACAACAAACCCACUGCCGGGAGUGACAAGCCGCCUCACGUCGUUAUUGCCGGUGCCGGUCUGGCCGGUCUCUUUCUCGGCAUUCUUCUUGGAAGAGCAGGCAUCGCCUAUGAGAUCUUUGAGCGCUCAGCGGAAAUCAAGCCUCUUGGUUCCAUCAUGUGUCUGUCGUCGAACAUCCUUGCAGCCAUUGAACAAUUGGGUCUGUACGAGGACCUGUUGUCGUUCUCUAAACCACUCCGUGACUGUGGAUACUUGCUCACGGAUAAGCUCGAGCACAUUGCUCACUUUGAAUCUCUUUCCCCUGAAGUCGUGGGGUAUGAACGCCAACUGUUUCCUCGUCCGGAGUUGCACAACAUGCUUCUUAGCAAGAUUCCUGUGGAAAAGAUACACUUUUCCAGUAAAGUCUCAUUCUUUGAGCAGAGCGAGGAUGGUGUCACAGUGACAUUCGAAAACAACACCACCGUCCGAGGCGACAUCCUCGUCGGCGCGGACGGGGCUCGCAGUUCUGUUCGCGAGCACUUGUACAAGACACUGGACAAGGAGGGGCUUCUUCCCAAGGCUGACAACACGGGUAUGAAGAAGGGGUUUAUCUCUUUGUUGGGAACGACCAUUUCCCUCGAUCCUGCCAAGUAUCCGGAUGUCUUGAAAGAGGACUGUCAGAGCUAUGGCAUCGUCGGAGACGGAGGCAAUCCAUACACUUGGGUCACCUUUACCGUGCCAGGCAACAGGAUCUGCUGGAAUGUUGUCGUUCAGUUGGGAGUUAACGCGGCGGCAGACGAGCAGUUUGAGUGUUCGGAUUGGGUCCCUCAACAGAACGAGGUGAUGAUGAACUCUAUCCGGCACUUCAAAACCACAUAUGGCACCAUGGGCGACCUAUUCGACGCUACUCCUGUUGAUGUUGUCUCAAAGGUGUACUUCGAGGACAUGUUCUACGAAACAUGGAACCAUGGACGGACUGUUUUGAUCGGCGAUGCCGCCCACAAGCUACUCCCAAGCACUGGUGCUGGUGCAGUGAAUGCAAUGCAGGAUGCAGUCAUCCUCGCCAACCACCUCUACGACAUCAAGCCAACCAACUUGAAGAACAUCAGGGUCGCAUUGGAUGAGUACCAGAAAGAGCGUUUCGACGCUGUCAAGGACCAAUACUCACAAACACAUAUGGCUGCCAGGUUGCAAUUUGGACAUACAUGGUGGGAGCGGGUGUUGCGACACAUCUUGUUCAACUGGAUCCCCAGGUCGAUGCAAUUAAGGCAGAUGUCAAAGGAAGGUGCCUACCGCCCACAGGCAAACUUCUUGCCUCAGGCGCCCAAGCGCGGUACCUUGGAUGUUAUUCCGCAGAAACCCUCAAAGCGGGUCCAGAAGGAUAAGGAGGAGGAAGCGAGAAGAAAGAACUCCGCUGCCAUCUAA